ACGCCUGAUGAUCAUUAAAAACUGCCAUUAAAAUUGAGCGCAGAUGACUAUUGUGUUUAUCGAGAGACCUAUAAAACACUCGUGUAGUGUGCCCGGCCAAUUAAUACACAAGCAGAGACAUCAGGGAGAGGAGCAUCCGAUCGGCGUGGCAUCUGUCCGGUCCAUCCAGGGUUUUCCCCCCUGUACGUGCGGCGGGUCUCGGUCCGUCUCGCCUCCCCUCUUCCUGCUGCUGAAUCGGGGGAUUUUCGUACUGAGAGCCGCGACCUUACUGUGAAUCCGCGGCCGGAUGUCGAGCUCAGAUCUUGUAAUGGGACAAAUGUUUAGCAUGUAAAUUCAACCUCACUGAGGUUCUGGCCAGCUUAUAUUUUAUUGUUCACACUCACAAGCACAAUGUCAAGCAGAAGGAAGUCCACGACACCCUGCAUGGUGCUUCCAUCAGAUGUCGUAGAGCAAGAUCCAGAUAUGGAGGCCCUGGAAGGAAAUGAAGGAGCCGAGAGUAUGCCAGACGGUCCUACAGAGGGAGCAGUGGUUCCCAUGGAAACAGAGACAGAAUAUGAGGGAAGCCAUUUCUCAAAUGAGGACUGUCGUUCUUCAGGAAAACGCUCAAGUCAAACAUCACAGGAGCAGCCCGUCUCUGAUUUGACCACUGAGGGUGGUUUUGUGCAGCCAGACAUGGAGGAUAGUGAUGACCCCUCAGUUACUGGAAUCCCUCUCAGCAAGACUCCCAUAAUGAAAAUGAAAAGCAAGUCUGAACCCAAGAGAAUAGCAAUGUCACUGAAAGGCAACAGUGAAAGCGAAACAGUGGCAGAAAGUGAGAUGGAAUUGGAGCCACUGGAAGCAUCAGUAAUGGGCACUGCUGUAGGUGCAGAACUUAUUAGCCCAAUUCUCACAGAGUCUGUAAAACCCAGUGUUCUUGUUAAUAUUUCAAACCCUAUGAUAACAGAUCAGAAGAAGUUGAUUAUGAACCCUGCAACGGUUCUUCCAGCCGGCUUGGCUCAGGUGCUUUCUGCAUUGCAGGCACAGCAGAGUGCUCAAGCUCAACUGCUAAUUCCAGUUAGCAGUAUUCCCACGUAUAAUGCUGCCAUGGACUCCAACGCAGUCCUGAUUAACACCUAUAAAAAGUUUCCCUAUCCAUCAGUGUCUGAGAUCAUGGGACUUGCAGCCCAGACCAAGUUCAGUGAGGAGCAGAUAAAGAUCUGGUUUUCAGCUCAGCGUUUGAAGCAUGGUGUUAGCUGGACUCCGGAAGAGGUUGAGGAGGCCAGGAGAAAGCAAUUUAAUGGCACGGUUCACACCGUUCCCCAGACCAUCACAGUCAUCCCAGCCCACCAUCUUUCUGCCACAAAUGGCCUGCAGUCAAUUCUUCAGACCUGUCAGAUCGUGGGGCAAUCAGGUCUGGUUUUGACACAGGUUGGCACAGCCAACAGCCUCCCAGUGAGCACCCCAAUAACGCUGACUGUAGCAGGAAUGCCCAGUCAAAGCCAGACGCCCAAAAUUGCAACCAAUCAAACAAGUCCUGCGCUCAGUGAAACCAAAAGAGCAACUACAGUUCAACCCCCGUCGCUGACCCCUCAGGAGAACUCUGCACUCAGUGCCGAUCACUUUGGCCUGCGACCUAAGAAAUCCAAGGAGCAGUUAGCUGAAUUGAAAGCAAGUUAUCUGAAGAAUCAGUUUGCCUCUGACGCUGAGAUAGCUAGGCUAAUGAAGCUGACCAACCUUACCAAAGGUGAGAUUAAAAAGUGGUUCAGUGACACCCGAUACAACCAGCGCAACUCUAAGAACAGCCAUGCCUUUCUCGCGAACGACAAUCCCAGGGGUAGCAGUAGCACCACCAUUAUUAUUGACUCCAGUGAUGAAACCCCACAGUCUCCGAUGCCAUCACCAAUUAAAGAAAAGGAAACACGCACCAAGACCUGGAACCCUUUCCCAGACUUUACGCUGCAAAAGUUCAAAGAAAAGACACCAGAGCAGUUGGUAGUCCUGGAUGAAAGCUUUCAGAAGUGUGACACACCGACUGAUGAAGAGCUUAGCCGUCUGAGGGCUGAAACCAAGCUUACCAGACGAGAGAUUGACGCCUGGUUCACAGAAAAGAGAAAAGCCCCUGUGCUGGAGUCCUCUGAGUCAAAAGCAGAUGGUGAAACAUCUCAAAAGAAGGGGAGCCAGACUCCACCCGGAGGUAAGAGGCUGAGCAAGGAGAAGGUGACAAAGAAAACCCCGGAGCAGCUGCAUGUCUUGAAGGCUGCAUUUGUUCGCACCCAGUGGCCCUCGUCGGAGGAAUACGACCAGCUUGCUGAGGAAAGUGGACUACCUCGCUCUUACAUCGUCAACUGGUUUGGAGACACGCGCUACUCCUGGAAAAAUGGCAACUUGAAAUGGUAUUUUUACUAUCAAAGUGGAAAUGUUGGAGGAACGAAUGGCAGCAAAAACCGAAAGCGGAGGAUUCGAAAUCGUGGUUGGGGGAGAACCCGUAGUAGAAAAGUGAAGAAACCGAUAGAAUCGGAGAAGAGUUUACCGAUCAGGUUCAAGUCUGGUCGAGAUAUUUUGAAGGAGUACUACUUGAAGCACAAGUUUCUGAACGAACAGGACUUGGAUGAGCUUGUUGCCAAGUCUAACAUGAGCUACGAGCAGGUGAGAGAGUGGUUUGCAGAGAUUCAUCGAAAGGAGGAAAUGGGAACAAACCCAUUUGAAGAUAAAAUUGUGAAUGAGGAGCAAGAAGAGGAGGAGGACGAAUCACAGGGUGAAAAUGAGACUGCAACUGAGGAGCAAGGACCUUCUGUCCUGGGAGAUGAAGAUGAAGAAGACACUGAUGACAGCGAUACCUGGGAGCCUCCACAGAGUGUUCGAAAAACAUUGUCCAUGUCUGAAGCUCAGUGAUCUGUGUGAAUCUCUCUGAAUGGUGGCCCAUGACUGUACUGGGUAUCGACCCCAUGCCCACUACCACUGCACCAAUUCUGCUAAUAUUGUAAUUUUCUAAUGUAGUUUCUCUUAAAAUUUGACACAUUCUUUCUAGCAUAAACGUUGAGAACGGAUUUUGAAUGUUUUAACUUAAAAAACCUAGACAUCAUGCACAUGAGCAUAGGUUUUUCCUCUACAGCUCUGAAUUGCAAAGCCCUUAAAUCAUAGGUCUCAAACUCGAUUCCUUGGAGGGCUGCAGCUCUGUACAGUUUUGCUCCACCCCUAAUCAAACACAGCUGAUCCAACUAAUCGAAAUGUUCAAAAGAGUCUUGAACACCUUGAUUAGUUGCAUUAGCUGUAUUUGAUUAGGGUUUGAGCAAAACUGUGCAGAACUGUGACCUUCCAGGAAUCGAGUUUGGGACCUACGCCUUAAAUAAUCUUGACAAUGUCAUAUAUUAAACAUGAAUUUAUGCCUACCAGAAUUGAUGAUGCACCUUAUCCCCAAAACAUUCAAAGACAUUCUAGGCCUCUUUGUCGGGUCUUUUUAAAUGGUCCUUUCUCAUUUGGAGUCAUGGAGAAUGCUUAGUGCCAAAGGUGUUGUGUUGAAUGUUAUUAUUCUCUUUACAAUGAACACAAUGAGGGAAUAUGAAUGAAUACAUUGUGUCAAUUGGAUGCAUGAGGCACUUUGUCAACCACCCUGUUGUAUGGGGUUUGUUAAAAUGCAACCAGCCACCUUAUUUGUGUAGGGCAAGACCAAACAAAUUUCCAAAUUCAUUGGUAAGUGUUUUAUCAGCUGCAUACAGGCCUUUAUAUCUGAUAUACAGCACAGUAAAUCCCAAAGGGAGUUUGCAGGUGUUCACAUAGACCAGGGCUUCUCAAACUCGGUCCUGGAGGUCCGCUGUCCUGCAGAUUUUAGCUCUGACUUGCCUCAACACACCUGCAAGGAUGUUUCUAGAAAGCCAAACUCGAUCCUGGAGGGACAGUGUCCUGUUUCUAGUACAAGGGUGCCCAAAGUUGGUCCUGGAGGGUCGGUGUCCUGCAGAGUUUAGCUUCAACUUGCCUCUACACACCUACCAGGACAUUUCUAGCAAGCCUACUGAGAGCAUGAUUAACUACUCCAGGUGUGUCUGAUUGGAGUUGGAUUUAAACUAUGCAGGACACCGGCCCCCCAGGAAUAAUUUUGGUCACCCCUGUUCUAGUAUAUCUAGUAUAAGAGCUUGAUUAGCUGCUUCAGGUGUGUUUGAUUAGGGUUGGAGCUAAGCUCUCCAGGACACCAGCCCUCCAGGAUCAAGUUUGGACACCCCUAGCCUAGUAAGACUUUGAUUAGCCAGCCCAGGGGUGUCUUAUUGAGGUUGGAGCUAAAAUCUGCAGGACAUCAGAGCUCCAGGACUGAGAUUGAGAACCCCUGAUGUAGACCAUCUGAGUCUCUUAAUAGGGAUCACCUUUAAACUAUUACAGCUACUUGCUUAUCUUACGGAAAGUUAUUUUGUGAAAAUGGUCAGUGGUCAUAAUCAACAGGGGAAAAACUAUUUAACAGCUCUUUAACUGGACUGUUUUCAAGUAUUUUUAUUAGAUAUCAAUGGGAACAUGGGAUAUUCCUGUUUUCUGGCUGUUGUUUUUCAUCUUUUUAAAGCAAGAUCUCCCUCAGAUUUGAGCGGACUUUGAUUUGCUUGACACAAUUAUAGUGAUCAUGUUACAAGA